CCCUGGGUCUCCGCCAUGGCCAAGGCUUACCCUUGGCUCGAGAAAGUCUAUCUCAAGCGCAUGUCCGUAACGGACGACGAUCUGGCUCUGCUGGCCGAGUCGUUCCCCAGGUUCAAGGGCCUCGUUCUGGUUUGCUGUGAUGGAUUUGGGACCAGUGGCCUCGCUGUGGUCGCCAGUAAGUGCAGACAGCUUAGGGUGCUUGAUUUGAUUGAAUCUGAGGUUAUCGACGACGAUGUGGAUUGGAUAUGUUGUUUUCCUGAGAGCCAAACCUGUCUGGAGUCUCUGAUGUUUGAUUGCGUAGAAUGCCACGUAAAUUUCGAGGCAUUGGAGAGGCUGGUGAUUAGGUCAACUUCCUUGAAGAAACUUAGGUUGAACCGCUAUGUUUCAAUUGGGCAGCUACACCGCUUGAUGGUUAGAGCUCCACAGCUCACUCACCUAAGAACGGGCUCAUUCAGUUCAUUGGAGGGCAAUGCUCAGGGGGAUCAAGAACUGGAUUGUGUCUCUGCUUUUGCUGCUUGCAAAUCCAUAGUCUGUCUAUCUGGGUUCAAUGAGAUAUUUGUGGAUCAGUUGCCUGCAAUUUACCCCGUCUGUGCUAAUCUGACCAAUCUGAAUUUCAGCUAUGCAAAUAUCAGUGCAGAACAACUUAAACCAGUCAUACGAAACUGCCACAAGCUCCAGACUUUCUGGGUACUCGAUUCAGUAUGUGAUGAAGGCCUUAAGGCAGUGGCUGCAAUUAGCAAGGAACUGCGUGAACUUUAG